UCUUGUCCAACUUUUGGAGAAAAACAGUCUUCCUCUCUCUCUCUGGCGACGACAGUUGUUGAUGCUUAGUCUGAAAUCAGAAACAAGCACGCUAGAAAAUGAUUGAGAUGGGGAAUCAAAUAAAUACCUCAUGGUGGUCCUGUCUACCUGGAAGCAUCUCUCAGCUUUUUCGUCUGACUGUUGGCUUGAUCCUUACCUGUGUGGUUCUGAUGAUUAUCCACCUAUUUCAGAGAAGGCAAAAACUACUCAAUGCGUUCAGAGAUUUCCCAGGUCCCCCUGCUCAUUGGCUCUAUGGCCAUAUCUACAAGUGGGAAAAUGGAGGAGAACUACGAAGCGUGGCAAAAUGGACUGAAACAUUUCCAAGAUGUUUUCCUUUGUGGUUUGGAAGAUUUGUAGGUGGCUUGCUCAUCAACCACCCUGAAUAUGCCAGAGAAGUCCUCAGCAGAGGGGAUCCUAAACAUACCUUAACACAUAAAUUCUUCCUUCCGUUCAUUGGAAAAGGGUUAAUACUUCUGGAUGGGACAAAGUGGCAACAGCACCGGAAGCUCCUCACCCCAGGAUUUCAUAAUGAGAUUCUCAAGCCUUAUGUAACUCUAAUAGCUGAAUCAGUUAAAGUAAUGCUGGAUAAAUGGGAAAAAGGGGUCUCAGAAGAUCCAGAAGCAUCAGUGGAAAUAUAUAAGGAUGUUUGCCUGAUGACGCUUGACAGCAACAUGAAAUGUGCCUUCAGUUUCCACAGCAACUGCCAGAUGGACAGGGAUAAUCCCUAUGCUAAAGCUAUAUUUGACAUCACCUACCUGAUUACUGAGAGACUGAAGAUACCUCUUUACCAAAGCAAUCUUAUUUACUGGUUUACCUCUCAGGGGCAUCAGUUCCGCAAAGCCUGUAGAGUAUCUCACUGCCACACAGACAGAGUAAUAAGAGAGCGACAGAAGUCAUUGAAGGAUAACAAUGAAAGCAUCCUAAAGAAGAAGCACUUGGACUUUCUAGACAUUCUUCUGUUGGCAAAGGAUGAAAAGGGACGUCCAUUGCCUCAUGAGGACAUACGUGCAGAGGCUGAUACUUUCCUGGCUGCAGGCCAUGAUACUUCAACUAGUGCAAUCUCUUGGCUCUUCUACUGCAUGGCCCAAAAUCCAGAACACCAGCAGAAGUGCAGGGAAGAGAUUAAAGCCCUCCUUGAAGACCAAGACACUAUUAAAUGGGAUCACUUGAGGAAAAUGACAUACACCACCAUGUGCAUUAAGGAGACACUUCGAAUUUACCCUCCCAUAAGUGUAAUGCUUCGAUUACUGAAGGAACCUCUGACAUUUCAUGAUGGCAGAACUCUCCCAGAAGACCUCCUGGUUGGAAUAAGUAUAUAUGGCAUCCACAGAAACCCUGAAAUAUGGAACAAUCCUGAGGCAUUUGAUCCCAUGAGAUUUUCCCCAGAGAAUUCCCAUUCACGGCAUCCCUAUGCUUUCAUACCUUUUUCUGCUGGGUCAAGGAACUGCAUAGGGCAGCAGUUUGCCCUCACAGAAAUGAAGGUGGCUCUUGCUUUGACUUUGCUCAAGUUUGAACUGAAACUAGACCCAGCAAAGCCAGCAACUCCUGUGGUUCAAAUUGUCACAUCUCCUGAGAAUGGGAUGUACCUGAAGCUGAAGAAACUUCCUCCAUACCUGCUCUCCUCUUGCAACAACCUGGAGGGAAAUUACUUAUGCGAGACAUAG